AAUAAAAUCAAGUAAAGGCCAAACAGAGCCCUAUUCCCAGCCUGAAAUCUGUGAACUUCCAAUUCCAUUACUUCUCCGAGUCUUCAUAGGCCAAAACCUCCCUCUUCAAUCCGACACGCCGCGUAUCUUCCUCCUCUCGACCUCAGGGAACUCUUCGAUGCAGCUUCUCACAGUGCAGAGUGCUGCUUUGGGGUUUGAUAUGAUAGAGAUGACUUGGCUCAGCGCAUUUUUUAUUGGGGCGGGUUGCUUCGCUCUAGGAUGCCUAAUUGGAUUGAGGCGUUCUUCCCGCGCCGCUCGGCGCUCAUCGAAAGGUGCUGAGGUUAACGAGGAGGGGAGGAAGAAGGUUAAUCGAGGCAAACCGCUGCUGGAGGUUGAAAAACUAGCUGAAAUUAUCGACGAUUUCAAGAUGGUUUUGGUUGUGAGGAAUGACUUGAAAAUGGGGAAGGGGAAGAUUGCUGCCCAAUGCAGCCAUGCGACUUUGGGGCUGUACAAGAAAAUCCUGAACCGGGCACCAAAAUCUUUAGGCAGAUGGGAGAUGUGUGGGCAGGUUAAGGUGGUGGUGAAAAUUGAAAGCGAGGAUGAUAUGCUUGUUCUACAGGAAAGGGCAAAAUCGCUAAAUUUACCGACACAUGUUACAAUUGAUGCAGGAAGAACACAAAUUGCUCCAAAUUCAAGAACUGUGAUGGCAGUCCUAGGACCAGCAGAGCUAGUUGAUGAUGUGACUGGUGGAUUGAAACUUUUAUAGUUGCAUAAUCAGAAAGCUUGUGGUUCCUAAAGUCGGCUUGAAAUGGGAAAAUGUGAAAAAAGUGACUUUCGUGACGACAAUGACGAAAAAUUCGAUCUGCAGAUGCGAUUUUGCCAGGAUUAUAUUAUCGUUUCUUCAAAAUUUUCAGCAAUCGAACUGUAGAAUGAGAUCUCCCAUGUUGCUACCAAACAGUUUGUAGUUUUCUGAAUGAUCUUAUAAUCAGCACCCUUUGCAUCACUUUGAUCAUACAUCUACUUAUGUGUUUUGUUCA